AUGCGUGCGCAGAGGAUCAUAGACUUAGCUGUAUGGACGCCAGUCGGCAUGAGACGCGCGCGAAGUGUAACCGGGCCCUUGCGGCGUGCCCAUCCCGCCUCGGGAGCCACCUGGAACGUCCAGGUGGUGCGAGGCAAAAUGAGUUCACAGUGCUUGUGGCAUGCAUGUCGUGCUCUCUCGGCCGGCUUAUUACUGAUGCUCUUAGGAGGCGCUAUGGCAGUAAUAGGGUAUUAUGCAGACACGCUGUCAGUGGCACAAGAGGUGCGUGGGAACGCUACGGUUUCAGUGAAGGACGAAGCUCGCGGCUUUCAUCUCAAUAACCUGUCAUACGCCGGUCCUAUAGUUAUGGGAUUUGGAGGAUUCAUCGUUGUUGCAGCCUGUGUUAUGACAUUUGAAGCUAGAGAUAGCGCGGCAAAGGUUACUCCGGCUCGACCCCAAGCUCUACCUCGACCUCUGCCGAGACGUGGAGUUUGUGCCACCCCGGCAAGACUCGACCAGCUUGGAGUAUACAGGCUACCACAUGUUCUCCCACUACCACAUGCUCUACCACUGCCUCAAGCACACAGAAUACGACCGCCGCAUACAAAAAAGAGUGAGCGGGCUAGAGAGAAAGCGAGAUUUGGUUCAGCACCAGACUUGCGUAGCGCUAGCUCGAGAGCUACGCUUCCCGUAACAGCUCUACGGAGACCACUACGUCGCUACGCACUCUCUGUAGAUGAGCCACCGCGCUCGGCAGUCAGUGCAAGUGCGGCGGAGUCGGAAUGUGGGUCACAAUCUUCUCUGGCUUUAGAUCUACAUGGAAGCGGCGCUUGCGCAGGUGUCACUCUACGAGUCCGUGACAAUACGCGCCGUCGUCCUCUCGCCAGACAGCAAAGACUCGUUGAAGAUACGCUACACCCAAUAUUGAGCGAACGUGUUAACACGAUUAAUAAUAAACGAGAGGGAGACUCUUCUCUUACAAGGGUUAACAGAACUUCAGAUGUCGAAAUGGUUCACUUAUCAAUAGAGAGUGAGGUCCGCGCCUGUAGUGCUCCGCCACCUUCUAGCACACCCCCGUCACACAGGUCCUCUUUACAGACUGAAAAUUGCGCGUUAACUCUAGAAAAUGAAGUUUCAUCAACAGAAACACAAAAUAUUGAAGCCAUAAAAGACGAAAGUAACUGA